AUGCAUUGGGGCACUAUCAAGAUUUAUGCGUUUGACAGCAUCGCGACACUCAUCGCGUCGUCGAGCGACUAUAGAUUGCCUGAUCGAGCACCAAAAAGCUUUAUCAAGUUUCCCCCAACUUCACCGUUACUACACCAGGCUGUUGCACGGAUGAACUAUCUGCAUAGCCCAUACAUGAAAUCUGGAAAACUCCUCAAUCGGGACCUUCUCUACACUCUCCAUAUAAUAAUGAAUGAGCCAAUUCGACUUAUACGCCUCUUCGAGUGGAGAUCACUUACGGAUAUGGAGAUGGCUGCCAUCGGCACUUUUUGGAAAUAUAUUGGCGAUAUGAUGGAAAUUGAUUUUGUGGCCGAGUUGAAUAAGGAUCGGUGGGACGAUGGCAUCAACUUCCUGGAGGACGUGACGCAGUGGGCGUCGAAGUACGAAGACGAGCAUAUGCGACGAACAAGGGAUGGCCAGAUACUUGUUGGCCAUUUGCUGGACUUUUUCUACUCCUCGUAUCCAGUGUUCAUGCGGCCACUAAUAUAUGGACUUGCGUUCGUCCUCAUGGGCGAUAGAUGGCGCCAGAUAUUCAGCCUUCCAGAGCCUGGAACUGCGACAGUGGCCUUCACGUAUACCUUUCUUCUCGCUCGGAAACUGUGUAUGCGGUUCCUCGCUUUACCGCGCUCUAUUGCCACCGACUACAUCUCGGAGCCAGACAUCAAAACCGGGCGCAUGCAUCACUACCAUUAUUUAAAAGAGCCUUGGUACCUGCCCGCAACAAUAUGGAAUCGCUGGGGUCCUUUGGCAUGGCUCGUGUGGGCUACCGGUGGGAUGAUUCCCGGGGAUGGGGGGCCGGCGAUGAAGCCAGAGGGUUUCUUGUUUGAGGACCUAGGACCUAAAGGCAAGAUGGGCAAGGGCAUUGAAGCGACGGCACAUUUGGCAGAGGUGGCACAGGGGAAGCUUUCAAAAGGAUGCCCCUUUUCCCGGUCGGCAGCCUCUUGA